AUCUCCGUCUGCGGGGCCAGUACCCACUGUGGGCAACGGUCAUGCUUUCAAGGAACAGGAACGACAGAGGAGGACGAGGCGCUGUUGUGGCCGGUAUAGGGUGUUCCGGAACAUUGUGCCGGCAAAAUGCUCAAUUCCGCGCGGCUCGGUCUCACUGCCGAAGAACUAAAUGAAGUGGAACACUCGGAACCACCGCCCCUGUAUCCGCCUUGGCAGUGUCCUGCACCACCUUUGUUGAUUUCCGAAGAGGACAAGCACCUGGCCUCUGCCCUCGCUGAGCAGCGCAGGAAGUUCACAGAGUCCGCAUUCUACGUUCCUCCACACAAGAAGCCACGAUCUGAUGGGUACUGCCGCCAAGUCAUCGAGCCGCCUCGCGUCAACUAUGAUUCCUCCUAUUUUCCGGGCGAACUGAAGGUUCCGAAAAAGGCAAAAAAGACCAAGAAGUCAUCUCAAAUCUCUGUCGCUCAAAUAGACAUUGAGCAAGAGCUGCUGGUGCUGCAGGCUCCUAAAGAGGAAGACACAAUAUGUGAGAGUGAUAAUGAAGACGAAGAAGAAUCCACUGAGAAGAGCAGCGAAAGUGGCAGUGAGGAUGAGGCGGAAGACGAGUCAGAUGAUGAAGAGAUGGAAGAGGACACGGACUAUGUCCAUAAUUAUUACGAUGACUACGAAGAGGACGGUGCCUUUAAUGAGGACAACCUCGAUGAUGGCGCCUCCUUCUGAGGCAAUACAGCUGUCAUGUGUGGCUAAGCA